AUGGCGGCGGCGGCGGCGGGGCCCGGCAAGGCCCAGAUCCAGGCCGUGCUCAGGAGGCUCCGCGCCCUGCCCACCAACAAGGCCUGUUUCGACUGCGGAGCCAAGAACCCCAGCUGGGCCAGCAUCACGUACGGCGUCUUCCUCUGCAUCGACUGCUCCGGGGUGCAUCGCUCCCUGGGGGUGCACCUGACAUUUAUCAGGUCCACGGAACUGGAUUCCAACUGGAGCUGGUUCCAGCUGAGGUGCAUGCAGGUCGGGGGCAACGCCAACGCGACAGCUUUCUUUCGCCAGCACGGCUGCACCACAAACGACGCCAACUCCAAGUACAACAGUCGGGCGGCCCAGACCUACAGGGAGAGGAUCCGCCAGCUGGGCAGCGCCGCCCUGGCCAGGCACGGCAGCGAGCCGUGGAUAGAGAGCGGGAACGCCGUCCCCGGCCACUCCCCGGAAAAGAACGAUUCGGACUUCUUCACGGAGCAUACCCAGCUGCCCUCUGCCUGGGACGUACCAGUGGCCGAGCCCUCCCAAGCGUCUGAGCCGCAGCAGUCAGCAGAGAACAGCGUCCCAGGACAGCCCGGGCCAGGCCCCAACGUUGACCUCCUCGGCACGUCUCCCAAAGCCCCCUUGGAGUCCGUGCGUCUGUCGUCACAAGGGUCAGCUCCCGUCAGAGAGUUGAAGUCCACCAUCAUCGGCAAGAAGAAGCCCCCAACGACCAAGAAAGGGCUGGGAGCCAAGAAGGGCCUGGGGGCCCAGAAGGUGAGCAGCCAGAGCUUCAGCGAGAUGGAGCGGCAAGCCCAGGUGGCGGAGAAGCUCCGGGAGCAGCAGGCGGCCGAAGCCAAGAAGCAAGCAGAGGAGUCCAUAGUCAGUUCCAUGCGGCUCGCCUACCAGGAGCUGCAGAUCGACCGCAAGAAGGAGGAGAAGAAGCUGCAGAACCUGGAAGGGAAGAAGCGGGAGCAAGCAGAGAGGCUGGGCAUGGGCCUCGUGUCGCGGAGCUCCGUGUCCCACUCGGUGCUGUCCGAGAUGCAGGUGAUCGAGCAGGAGACUCCGCUGAGCGCCAAGCCCUCCCGCUCCCAGCUGGACCUGUUGGACGACGCGGGCGGCUUCGCUUCCGGCCCACCCAAGUACAAGGACAACCCAUUCUCCCUGGGGGACAGCUUUGGCUCCCGCUGGGACACGGACUCCUGGGGAGCGGACAGGGCGGACGAGAAGGAAGCGGAGGUGACCAUCUCCAGCAUCCGGCCCGUUGCCGAAAGACCCACGAACCGCAGAGAGGCAGAGAGCCGGGCCGCGGCCCUGGAAUCGAGUGAAGCCCGGCAGAAAUUCGCAGGAGCCAAAGCCAUCUCCUCAGACAUGUUCUUUGGCCGGGAGGCGGACGCGGAGUACGAAGCCAGGUCGCGGCUGCAGCAGCUCUCGGGCAGCAGCGCCAUCAGCUCCUCAGACCUCUUCGGGGAGAGCGACGGACCCCAGGCGGCAGGGAGCGUGUCUCUGGGGAACGUGCUCCCGGCCGCCGACAUCGCGCAGUUCAAGCAAGGGGUGAAGUCGGUGGCCGGAAAGAUGGCCGUCCUGGCCAAUGGUGUGAUGACUUCUCUGCAGGAUCGCUACAGCUCCUACUGAUGAUCCAGGAUCCGCCGCGGCUCGGCCGCGCGGACACGCAGCGAGAGCCUCGCGUUCCCAGGGCCGGAGACACUCGCUCCGUUGCAGGGCUGGGGGUGUGAGUGAGAGACAGAAAGAGAGUA